AGCUUUGCCGGUGCGGAGGAGAAAUUCAAUAAUGAAGAUCCGGUGCGACGUGUGCGAGAAAGCCGAAGCCAGCAUCUUCUGCAGCGCCGACGAGGCUGCCUUGUGCCUUACCUGCGACCGCCGAGUUCACAACGCCAUCAAGCUUGCCGGCAAACACCUCCGCUUCUCCCUCCACCACCCUACUAGUACUACUCAUUCCUCUAAAGACUCCCCACUCUGCGAUAUCUGCCAGGAGAGAAGUGCGUUCCUGUUCUGCCGGGAAGACAGGGCGUACUCUGUCGGGAGUGCGACGUCCCCAUCCAUGCACGCUGCCAAUAACGAGCUGACACGCAAUCACAACCGCUUUCUCUUGACCGGCGUCAAGCUCUCUGCUUUUUCACCUCAGUACGACCCCAAGACGGUGAUGGCGCGGGGCUUUGUCGGCCGGGAGAGGUCGUCGACCGGAGGGGAGAGGAACGGCGACGGGCGGUUGAAAAUAAUAAUUAAAAGGAAUUUGAUUUUUUAUUUUUAUAAUAAUUAG